AUGCCGCGGACACCCUUCUGCUCCUCAGAUCCUGGGGUCGGUUUGUGCGUCCCUGAAGCUAUGCUGCCAGAGUGCGCUAUGGGUUUACAAGAGCAACAAAAGAUGAAUAAAUCUCCGGAGUUGGUAUCAUUUGAGGAUGUGGCUGUGGACUUCACCUGGGAGGAGUGGCAGGACCUGAAUGAUGCUCAGAGGACUUUGUAUAGGGAUGUGAUGCUGGAGACCUACAGCAACCUGGUGUCACUGAAUGUCCAGAUAGAUGAUGACCUUGUGGAGAGGAACCAUCAUGGUAGAUGCUUGCAGCAAAUUGUAAUCACCAACAGCAACACAUCAGCUGAGGAGAGAGUUGUGUUAGGAAAAUCAUUUUAUUUGAAUUCAUGUCAAGUUUUAAAUCUGAUUAUAAAUAAUGGAAACUAUUCAGGAAAGGGACAUGAGGAGUUUUACACAUGUCAGAAUGCACUUCUUCCUAGAGAGCCUGAUGAGAUGCCUGCUGUAGAGAAACCUGAUGAUCAUCAUGUAGCUGAAAAAUUGCCCAGACAUCAUGAGCAUCUUAGUCAGCAUCCCAAUAUUCAAACUAGGAAACAGCCUUUAGAAUACAGUGGAAAAGGGAAAUCCUCAAACACAGAGCCAAUGAUGUUUACACAUAAAGAGAUACAUAUGGAUGAGACCACCUAUAAGUAUAAUGAAUAUGGGAAAGGCUGUGGUAAGUCAGCUGUCAUUGCCCAAAAAAUAAAUCAGGUAGCAAGGAAAACUUUUCAAUGUGGUAUAUGUGGGAAAAUGUUCUAUAAAAUGUCUGAGCUCCCUACACAUCAGAUUAUGCACACAGGAGAGAAACACUAUAAAUAUACUGAAUGUGAGAAAUCUUUUAAGAAAUUAUACCUUACCUCACACCUGAAAACACCUACACAGAAGCUUUAUGGUUGUAAUGAAUGUGAGAAAAUUUUUUGUCAGAAGUCAGACCUUACAAUGCAUCAGAGAACUCACACAGGAGAAAUGUACUAUGGAAGUAUUAAAUGUGGAAAAAGCUGUGAGAAUUCACUCCUCAGCCAUUCUGAGAGAAUUCACAGGGAUGAAAUACCAGAUGGAUGUAAUGAAUGUACAAAAUUUUUCUACCAUGAGUCUGCCCUCACUGUAUACCAGAGAAUUCACACAUGUGAGAAACCAGAUGAAUGUAGACAGUGUGGAAAAACUUUUACCCAAAAGUCAAAAUUCAGCAUUCAUCAGAGGACUCACACAGAUGAGAAACCAUAUGAAUGUAAAGACUGUGGAAAAGCUUUGAGCCAAAAGUCAAAUUUCAGCAUUCAUCAGAGAACUCACAUGGGUGAGAAACCAUAUGAAUGCAAAGAAUGUAGAAAAGCUUUUAACCACACAGAAGACUUCAGCAGGCAUGAGAGAACACAUACAGGUGAGAAACUAUAUGAAUGUAAAGAAUGUGGAAAAGCUUUUAACUACAAGAGAGACCUCGGCAGGCAUGAGAGAACACAUACAGGUGAGAAACCAUAUGAAUGCAAAGAAUGUGGAAAAGCUUUUAGCUACAAGUCAUACUUCAGCAUUCAUCAGAGAAGUCACACAGGUGAGAAACCAUAUGAAUGUAAAGACUGUGGAAAAGCUUUUAGCCAGAAGUCAUACAUCAGCAUUCAUCAGAGAAUUCACACAGGUGAGAAACCAUAUGAAUGUAAAGGCUGUGGAAAAGCUUUUAACUACAAGGGAGACCUCAGGAGGCAUGAGAGAACACAUACAGGUGUGAAACCAUAUGAAUGUAAAGAAUGUGGAAAAGCUUAUAACUACAAGGGGGACCUCAACAAGCAUGAGAGAACACAUACAGGUGAGAAACCAUAUGAAUGUAAAGAAUGUGGAAAAGCUUUUAGGGUAAAGUCAUAUCUCAGCAUUCAUCAGAGAAAUCACACAGGUGAGAAACCAUAUGAAUGUAGAGAAUGUGGAAAAACUUUUAACCGAAAGUCAGACCUCAACAUUCAUCAGAGAAAUCACACAGGUGAGAAACCAUAUGAAUGCAAAGAAUGUGGACAAGCUUUUAACCGAAAGUCACACCUCAGCAGUCAUCAGAAAACUCACACAGGUGAGAAACUAUAUAGGUGUAAAGAAUGUGGAAAAGUUUUUAACUACAAGGUAGACCUCAGCAUUCAUCAGAGAAGUCACACAGGUGAGAAACUAUAUGAAUGUAGAGAAUGUGGAAAAACUUUUAACCGAAAGUCAAACCUCAGCAGGCAUCAGAAAAUUCACACAGGUGAGAAACCCUAUGAAUGUAAAGAAUGUGGAAAAGCUUUUAGCGAAAAGGCAGAAUUCAGCAGGCAUGAGAGAAGUCACACAGGUGAGAACCCAUAUGAAUGCAAAGAAUGUGGAAAAGCUUUUAACCACACAGGAGACCUCAACAAGCAUGAGAUAACUCACACAGGUGAGAAACUGUAUGAAUGUAAAGAAUGUGGAAAAGCUUUUAGGAAAAAGUUAUACUUCAACAUUCAUCAGAGAGCUCACACAGGUGAGAAACCAUAUUAAUGUAAAGAAUUUAGAAAAGCUUUUAACCAAAAGGUAGACCUCAGAAGGCAUAAGAGAACUCACACAGGUGAGAAACCAUAUGAAUGCAAGCAUGUGGAAAAGCUUUUAAUUAAAAGUCUCACAUCAGCAGCCAUCAAAGAAUUCAUAUAGGUGAGAAACCAUGUGAAUGUAAGGAAUGUGGGAAAACAGUUUACUGGAAUGCACCAUAACAGACAUGAACGAAUUCACACAUUGGAAAAUACCAAUUAAUGUAAUAACUGUGGGAGAAGGUUUUGCCGUAAAUCACACGUUAUGUUUCAUCAGAGAACUCACACCAAGAAGAAGCCUAUAAAUGCACAGCUGUCCUUUGGUAUUGGAGGUUGGUUCCAGGAGCCCCUGUUGAUGAAAACACUUACAAAUAAUGACACCCCUUCUAUAAAUGGUGUACUGUUUUGAUAUUACCUAUGAAGUUUUUUCUGUGUCCUUUACAUCUUGAGUCAAAUGUUUAUAUUACUG